GCCGGCGAGGAGCGGCGACCACGGCACCUGAGGACAGAGGUGGGGGUGGCGAGCGGACGGGACGACCCCGUCCUGUCAGGCUCUGCCUUCCAGGGACACGGCCGCCCUCCGGGAGAGGAGGCCCCAGCAGGAGGCGGCCGGGACAGGAACUGAAUGGCAAGCCACGUCCCAGAAGUUUUCAGUGUAAGAGACCUGUCGGGGGAGCUGGUUCCCAUUUGCCCACAUUCUGGGCCCCACAAGUUCCAGUUUCACCAACGUAGUGACAGAUGCUAGAAAAACAGGCAACGUUUCCUCCGGCUCCAGCUUGAAAGUUACUGUAAAGAGCCCACUGACGUUCGGCGACGUGGCGGUGGAAUUCUCCGGGGAGGAGUGGGCCUGGCUGGACUCGGCCCAGAGGAGCCUGCACCGGAGCGUGAUGCUGGAGAACUACAGGAACCUGGCCUCGCUGGGGCUUUGCCUGUCUAAGCCCGAGAUGAUCUCGUCGUUGGAACAGAGGAAGGAACCCUGGGCUGUGAAGAGAAAGUCGACCAGUGGCAAGUGCCCAGACUCGCAGACUCUGCUGAAGACCCAGGAGUUGCCUUCAGAGAAGAACUUAAGUGAAGAGGCGUUGUCCCAGGAGCAGCGCACGGAGAGACCCUCAGAGCGUGCUGUUCUCGGGGAAGGCUGGGCUUACGCUGCUGUGUGUGAGGGGCAGUCGGGCUUGGUGGCCGUCACGGCCGUGGCCACAGACGUCUCGCAGCGGCCAGACCCCGCUGGGCAGAGUUUCUGUAGGAGCGUGGUGUGGGCGGACCACCAUCCGGGGACAGGAGGACACUGUGCGUCUCAGCCAGACCUGGUCUCUUUGCUGGAGCGCAGGAAGGCGCCUUGGACGGUGGAUGGAGAGCUGGUCAGAGCCCCGUCCUCAGGCCAGCAGUGUGUACAGGAAACUCAGGAGUUACUUUCAAAGCAGAGUUCCUUUGCUGAAGUGGUAACAGACAGAAUUUCAGACAUUAACGUAGAGUGUUCCUCGCUCAGAGAAAGGUGGGACGCUGACCGUCUGUUUGAAAGGAAGCUGGCAGGUCAGGAGACACGAGUCGGGCAGGAGGCAGUCGCUGGCCACAACACCUUCUCUGAAGAGAGAGUGUGUCGGUAUAACAGACCAGGUAGGUGGUUCCACCUGGACAUCUCGGAAGAGGGAGGCCACCGCCCUGACUCGGUUAAGAAAGCUUUGCCCCCAAACUCAGUGCUGAUAAAAGAUGCGGGAAUCUACACAGGGAAAAAACUCUUCAAAUGUCACGAAUGCAAGAAAACCUUCACGCAGAGCUCGUCCCUCACCGUCCACCAGAGGAUCCACACGGGCGAGAAGCCGUACAAGUGUAAGGAGUGCGGCAAGGCCUUCAGCGACGGCUCUUCCUUUGCGCGCCACCAGCGGUGCCACACGGGCAAGAAGCCCUACGAGUGCCUGGACUGCGGGAAGGCCUUCAUCCAGAACACGUCGCUCGUCCGCCACUGGAGGUACUACCACACCGGGGAGAAGCCCUUCGACUGCCUGGACUGCGGGAAAGCCUUCAGCGACCACAUCGGGCUGAACCAGCACCGGCGGAUCCACACCGGGGAGAAGCCGUACAAGUGCGAGGCGUGCGGCAAGUGCUUCCGCUACGGCUCGUCGCUGACCGUGCACCAGCGCAUCCACACCGGGGAGAAGCCCUACGCGUGCGAGGUGUGCCGCAAGGCCUUCAGCCACCAUGCCUCCCUCACGCAGCACCAGCGCGUGCACUCGGGGGAGAAGCCCUUCCGGUGCAAGGAGUGCGGGAAGGCCUUCAGGCAGAACAUCCACCUGGCCAGCCACCUGCGGAUCCACACCGGGGAGAAGCCCUUCGCGUGCGCGGACUGCGGCAAGGCCUUCAGUAUCAGCUCGCAGCUGGCCACCCACCAGCGGAUCCACACCGGGGAGAAGCCCUACGCCUGCAAGGUGUGCAGCAAGGCCUUCACCCAGAAGGCCCACCUGGCGCAGCAUCAGAAGACGCACACGGGGGAGAAGCCCUACGAGUGCAAGGAGUGCGGGAAGGCCUUCAGCCAGACCACGCACCUGGUGCAGCACCAGCGCGUCCACACCGGGGAGAAGCCCUACAAGUGCCUGCAGUGCGGGAAGGCCUUCGGCGACAACUCGUCCUGCACGCAGCACCAGAAGCUGCACACGGGCCAGAGGCCGCACGGCUGCGCCGAGUGCGGGAAGGCCUUCAAGACCAAGUCGUCCCUCACCUGCCACCGCCGGAGCCACACCGGCGAGAAGCCGUACGAGUGCAGCGCCUGCGGCAAGGCCUUCAGCCACCGGCAGUCCCUGAGCGUCCACCAGAGGAUCCACUCCGGGAAGAAGCCCUACGAGUGCAAGGAUUGUGGUAAAACUUUCAGCAAAAUCUCAACUCUUACUCUUCAUCAGAGAAUUCAUACUGGAGAGAAACCCUAUGAAUGUCUCGAAUGCGGAAAAGCCUUUAGCCAGAGUGCCCACCUUGCUCAACAUCAGAGAAUCCACACAGGAGAAAAACCCUUCAAAUGUACUGAGUGUGGAAAAGCAUUCAGCCAGAAUGCUCAUCUCAUUCAACACCAGAGAGUUCACACUGGAGAAAAACCUUACCAGUGUGAGCAGUGUGACAAAGCCUUCAGCCAGCUUGCGUAUCUUGCCCAACACCAGAGAGCUCACACUGGAGAGAAACCCUACGAAUGUAUCGAAUGUGGGAAGGCCUUUAGUUAUUGUUCAUCUCUGGCUCAUCACCGAAGGAUUCACACUGGAAAGAGGCCCUACAAAUGCACUGACUGUAGGAAAGCCUUCCAGCAGAACGCUUCUCUUACACGCCAUCGAAGAAUCCAUACUGGAGAGAGACCCUAUAAAUGUAAGGUGUGUGGAAAGGCUUUUAGCCAUGGCUCCUCCCUGACCGUCCAUCAGAGAAUUCAUACAGGAGAGAAACCCUAUGAAUGUAGUAUCUGUGAGAAAGCCUUUAGCCAUCGUGGCUCGCUCACUCUUCAUCAGAGAGUCCAUACUGGAGAGAAACCCUAUGAAUGUAAGGAGUGUGGGAAAGCUUUCAGUCAUCGUAAAUCCCUUACUCUGCAUCAGAGAAUUCACACAGGGGAGAAACCUUACGAGUGCAACGAGUGCGGCAAGGCCUUCGGCCGCAGCUCGUCGCUGACGAAGCACCAGCGCAUCCACACCGGCGAGAAGCCCUUCCGGUGCGACGCGUGCGGGAAGCAGUUCCUGGAGCGCUCGUCGCUGACCAUCCACCUGCGCGUGCACACGGGCGAGAAGCCGUACGCCUGCGGGGACUGCGGCAAGGCCUUCAGCCAGCGCAUGAACCUGACGGUGCACCAGCGCACGCACACCGGUGAGAAGCCCUACGCGUGCGGCGCUUGUGGCAAGGCCUUCCGGAAGACCUCGUCCCUCGCCCAGCACGAGCGGGUGCACACGGGCGAGAAGCCGUUCGCGUGCGGGGACUGCGGCAAGGCCUUCAGCCAGAGCAUGCACUUGCUGGUGCACCGGCGCACGCACACGGGCGAGAAGCCGUACGCGUGCGGGGAGUGCGGGCGCGCCUUCAGCCAGCGCAUGCACCUCACGGAGCACCGGCGCACGCACACGGGCGAGAAGCCCUACCCCUGCGGGGACUGCGGCCGCGCCUUCAACAAGAGCUCGUCGCUGACGCUGCACCGGCGCAACCACACGGGCGAGAAGCCGUACGCGUGCGGCGAGUGCGGCAAGGCCUUCAGCCAGAGCUCCUACCUGAUCCAGCACCAGCGGCUGCACAUCGGCGUGAAGCCCUUCGAGUGCGGCCGCUGCGGCAAGGCCUUCAGCAAGAACUCGGCCCUGACGCAGCACCAGCGCCUGCACACGGGCGAGAAGCCCUACGCCUGCCCCGUCUGCAAGAAGCACUUCACGGGCCGCUCGUCGCUGGUGGUGCACCAGGCGGGCCACACCGGCGAGAAGCCCUACGCCUGCGGCGAGUGCGGGAAGGCCUUCGGCCAGAGCGCCUACCUCAUCGAGCACCAGCGCAUCCACACGGGCGAGAAGCCCUACCGAUGCGCGCAGUGCGGCAAGGCCUUCAUCAAGAACUCCUCGCUCACCGUGCACCAGAGGAUCCACACCGGGGAGAAGCCCUACGCGUGCGGCGAGUGCGGGAAGACCUUCAGCCGGAACACCAACCUCACGCGGCACCUGAGGGUCCACGUCUAGGGAGGCUGGGCGCCCCCCAGUCUGCACCAGAGUAUUUUUCGUCAUUUGACAUGUUGUCUGUCUGCCCCACUUCCCGCCGCUAGAGAGCAAGUCCCAAGAGGGAAACUGUUCCGCUCAGCGCUGUGUCUCGGGGGUUGCUGUUCGGUUGCUCAGUCGUGUCUGACUCUUUGUGACCCCGUGGACUGCAGCCCACCAGUCUCCCCUGUCCUUCACUAUCUCCGGAGUUUGCUGAGAUUCAUGUCCACUAGUCACUGAUGCUAUC